CCCGAAAAGAGGCAGAAAUCUAGUCUAGACACCAGGUUUGACCCUGGAGGUACCAAAACCACUGUCGAUAUUGCACUUUCCGUGGCGUUGAUGCAACCCUGAGUCGUCGAACCCGACCCAUUUCUCGCGGCCUCCAUUCCACUUCAGAACAAACACUAUGGCGAAGCCACCUGUCAAUGUCCGACCCAAGAUCGCGUUUGUCGGUCUCGGCGCAAUGGGUAGGGGUAUGGCCAUACAAUUGCUCAACGAUGGGUUUCCCGUCUGUGGGUUCGACGUCAAUCCCAUGUCGCUCGAGACAUUACUGGCCAUGGGCGGCACCGCCGCCUCAAGUCCGCGAGAUUGCGUUCAAGAUGCCGAUGUCUUCAUCUGCAUGGUAGCCAACUCCAUGCAGACAGAGGAGGUACUUUUCAACGAAGGAGUCGGUGCAGUCUUCGGUCUGAAGAAGAAUGCAAUUAUUAUAUUAUGCUCCACCGUUGCCCCGAGCUUCCCAUCAAAGAUCUUGGACCAGAUCCACAAUAAAUUCUCGAGGACUGAUGUCAAUCUGAUCGAUUGUCCUGUAUCUGGCGGGGUGCUCCGUGCAGCUCAGGGCAUCCUGACAAUCAUGUCAUCGGGACCCCAGGAUGCCCUAAGCCUUGCCCACCCAAUCUUGCAGUCGCUUAGCCAAACGCUAUACACAAUUGAGGGGGGGCUCGGCGGUGCCAACAAAGUCAAGCUUAUCAAUCAGCAUCUUGCGAGCGUCCAUAUCGCCAUGGCAGCAGAGGCAAUGGGACUAGCGGCGACGAUGGGAUUGAAUACAAAGCAAUUCUAUGACAGUGUGUUGAAAAGCCCUGCCCAUAGUUGGAUGUUUGAGAACCGAGUGCCGCAGAUGCUUUGCGAUGACUGGUCGCCCCACUCUGCUCUCAGCAUAUUCGUCAAAGAUAUGCGGAUUGUCACUUCGGAAGGCCUCAAUGAGAACUUCCCGCUAUACAUCGCCUCCACCGCGGAGGGUCUUUACCAAUUUGCUGCGCAGACUGGUUAUAACAAGGAAGAUGAUUCUGGCCUAGUGCGAAUAUUCUUUCCCCAGGAUUUGUCACUGGUUUCCAAGGCGACACACCGAAAAGACCACACUGCUGAUCAUGAACGCAAGUCGAAGCUUAUCUGCCAAAUGCUGGGUCGAGGGAAAUACUGCGACUACGCUGCAGCUAUUGCAACAGGGUGUGGCUCGUGGCCUAGGAGACGAGAGUCAAGCAGCGCUGCAGGUGUUAUGGGGCCCGGUAGCCUUAUGAUUCGAUUGAGAUAG